AUGAGAUCACGUAUAGUGCAGGGAAAGUGGAUAGGAUCUUCUAACUACAAUACUCUUCUUGAUCCUCUCAAUGGAGAACCUUUCAUUAAAGUCUCUGAAGUGGAUGAAUCAGGAGUUCAGCCAUUUGUUGAGAGCUUGUCACAGUGUCCCAAACAUGGUCUCCAUAACCCUUUCAAGUCUCCAGAGAGGUAUUUCAAGUCUCCAGAGAGGUACCUUUUAUAUUGUGAUAUUUCGACCAAGGCAGCUCAUAUGCUCGCCUUACCAAAGGUAUCUGAUUUCUUCACGAGGUUGAUUCAAAGGGUAGCUCCAAAGAGUUACCAGCAAGCUGCUGGAGAAGUCUUUGUCACACGAAAGUUCUUAGAUAACUUUUGUGGCGAUCAGGUAAUGCAGUGUUCUAAAAAAUCGGUUUAGACUUCAAAUAGAAUCUAAUAAAACGAUUUUUCUUGAACGAUUAUUUAAAAAAAAAUCGGUCCAAGCAUCCGCCUAAUUACUAUUCUCCUAUAAAACCCCUAAUUAUUGCUUAGUGAGACAUUUAACAUUUUUAAUAAUUUAUAAUUAUUUUAAAAAUUUAAAAUAUAACAUAUAAAUUUUUUUUUUAUUAUAUAGUUAAUGUAGUUGUUUAAUAUCUUUUAAUAAUAUAAAAUAAAACAAAA